AGGGUCGGAGGACCAGGAGGCGGGGCCAGCUGGAGGCUUCGUCCCACGCUGAGAAGUUUUUUCAAAGGAUCAGUUUUGGACUUAAGACUUCUUGGAGUAAUGGCCAAUUCCAGACCUAAACCAGGAAAUGUUCAAGAUAAGCUUGGGACAUCUUUAAUGUCAGCUUACAAAGAAGCUGUGAAAAACUACUAGGAUCAUGUCAGAAAGAAUCAAGAGCUAACUUGAAGAGGAUACCACUGGUCAAGGAUGAGAUUGACGGUCUGCACGAUGUCUGGAGCCGGCCACCCCCUCGCUCUUUUCAUCUGCGGCUGUUACGCGGUGGCCCUGGGAGUCCACACGGGGGUGUGCUGCGUGGCUGCAGGUCGAGACACUGGCUAUUACGUGGCCGCGGUGUAUGAGCACCAGCUGAUAUUGAGUCCGAACCCUCGAGCCCUCACCAGCCGCAAGCAGGCCUUGGAGCUGAUGAACAAGAACCUCAACAUCUACGAACAGCAAGUGAUGACUGCAGCCCAAAAGGGUGUACAGAUUAUAGUGUUUCCAGAAGAUGGUAUUCAUGGAUUCAACUUUACAAGAACAUCCAUUUACCCCUAUUUGGACUUCAUGCCAUCUCCCCAGUUGGUCAGGUGGAACCCAUGCCUGGAGCCCCGUCGAUUCAAUGACACGGAGGUCCUCCAGCGCCUGAGUUGUAUGGCCAUGAAGGGAGGCAUGUUCCUGGUAGCCAAUCUUGGGACGAAGGAGCCUUGUCUUAGCAGUGACCCGAGGUGCCCGAGGGAUGGAAGAUACCAGUUUAACACGAACGUCGUGUUCAGCAACAACGGAACCCUCGUAGACCGCUACCGCAAAUACAACCUCUAUUUUGAGGCAGCUUUUGAUACCCCUUACCAGGUGGAUUACAUUACCUUUGAUACCCCUUUUGCUGGCAAGUUUGGCAUCUUCACCUGCUUUGACAUACUGUUCUUCCACCCCGCCGUCAGUCUGCUCAGAGAUACUGGGGUGAAGCACAUUGUGUAUCCAGCCGCCUGGAUGAACCAGCUCCCGCUCUUGACGGCUAUUCAGAUUCAGAGGGCUUUCGCCAUAGCCUUUGGUGUCAACUUCCUGGCCGCUAAUAUCCACCACCCAGCUCUGGGCAUGACCGGAAGCGGCAUUCACUCACCUCUGAAGUCCGUGUGGCACCAUGACAUGAAACACUUCACAGGUCACCUUAUAAUUGCCCAGGUAGCCAAAAAUCCACAGGGCCUUGUGGGUACAGAGAACACCACAGAUAAAAUGGACCCAUCCCAUAGUGAAUUUUUAAAAAUCUUGGCAGGUGACCCAUAUUGUGAGAGGGAUUCUCAGGAAGUCCACUGUAAUGGAACCACCAGAUGGAACGUGAAUGCUCCUCCCACGUUUCACUCCGAGAUGAUGUAUGACAAUUUCACCCUGGUCCCCGUGUGGGGAAGGGAAGGCUCUCUCAGUGUCUGUGCCAACGGCCUCUGCUGUUAUUUACGUUACCAGAGGCCCACUUUGUCCAAAGAGCUGUAUGCCCUGGGGGUCUUCGAUGGCCUUCAUACCGUGCAUGGCACUUACUAUGUGCAAGUCUGCGCCCUGGUCAAGUGUGGGGGUCGCGGCUUUGACACCUGUGGUCAGGAGAUCACAGAGGCCACGGGGCUAUUUGAUUUUCACCUGUGGGGAAACUUCAGCACACCCUAUAUCUUUCCUCUGUUUCUGACCUCAGGCAUGACCCUGGAAACCCCUGACCAGCUCGGGUGGGAGAACAACCACUAUUUCCUGAGAAAGAGUAGACUGUCCUCUGGCCUGGUGACAGCAGCCCUCUAUGGGCGAUUGUAUGAGAGGGACUUUGAGAACCAGGGACAGGGCUCUGGCUACCGUGCGGAUGGCCCCGAACUUGCCUAGGCCACAGCUCACAGCACUGGGACCACCUCUGGCCAUCCUGGAAGCUGUGGGAAGAAAUAGGGGAAGCAGAUUCCACCCUGUGUCUCUUCCUCUUACAUGCAAAUCAUUGCGACAUUUUCUGGUAUUUUCUACCCGCAUCUAUCUUUUCCAAGCCACACUUUUCUCUAGCAAAUCUCUUGCUACACAGUUAGUUGUGAGAGCUAACACAGCCUUGGCGCAGUGGGUCAGCUCUUUGGAGCAUUGUCCUGUACACCAAAAGGGUGUGCAUUCGAUUCCCAGUCACGGCAUGUUCCUAAGUUGUGGGUUUGAUCCCUGGUUGGGGCAUGUGUGGGAGGCAACCGAUGGAUGUUUCUCACAUCAGUAUUCCUUUCUCUCUCAAAUCGAUAAACACAUCCUCAGGUGAGGAGUUAAAAAAAAGAGCUAAAACAAAGUAAGUGACAGUUUAUAUUUUACACACCCACAAGACAGGGGGGUGUGUGUUUUUCUUGUUUUGUUGAUCAGUGACACCCAGGACCUCAAACAUUUUCUAAGACAAGAAACAAACUCUCAAAGCAAAAGCUGCAACAGAAAUGGCUUCCGUGGGGCCCUCUUCUAUCCAGAGGAAAUGGUAACAGCAGAGCCACCAGCGACACCAGAAUAGUGGCUUUUGAAGCAGCUUGUACAAACAGAAGGGCAGUUUUCCUCACAUCUGCCUUUCUGUCAGUAAACAGGAUGUGUUCAGCUGGACUCACCAUAACUGGAAAGAAGGAAUGCAGCGCCCCAGAGAGAAGGGGCAAUGGAAAAAAGUGCUGAAGAGAGGGGCAGCAGUAGGAAGGUAUGAGUAAUAGGAGUCCUUCCACACAGCGUGGCUCACCCGGGAUUCCAGGGACCUUCAUAAAUCAUGCUAGCCUUGGGCGAGGGCCUGCUCUUGUCCAGCUGUGCAGGAUGGGAUGGUGCUGGUAGAAUUCAAUGCCACACCUCCUGCCCCCGAGAAGGGCCUUCCAUUUGCAGAGAGACACUGUACCUCUUGCAAAGGAGUUGCCAGAACUGCUGUGGACAGUGGCCCACUUUAGUCAUUCAUUUAUUUAAUCACUCACCUGGUGUUUUGGAGAGCCCACCACGUACAGAGCAAGGACCCCCACAUAUUAGUUCCAGAUGCGAAAUCAUCAUAUUCGGUGUGUGAAGACAUGGUUAGGCCACUCAUUUCAACAUUAUUUCUAUCGGACAUUUCAAAGUCAUUUUGACUCUAUGCAUAAUAACUGUUUCCAAUCAUUUUUAAGUGGAAAAUGGAUACUUUUUAAAGAGGUUGGAUAAUUAGCCAUCUGUGGUUUGCCUCUUCAAUGUUGUGGCUAUUUAGUUUUAUCCCCCCCUACCCCUUUUAAUCUGCAACUGAGAGUAUGUUUAUUGAUUUGAGAGAGAGAGAGAGAAACAUCAGUUGGUUACCUCCAGUACGCUCCCUGACUGGGGAUUGAACCUGCAACCUAGGUAUGUGCCCUGACCUGGGAGGGAACCCACAACUUGCUGGUGUAUGGAGCGAUGCUGCAACCAACUGAGCCACCCAACCAGGGCUAGCGAGAGUCCCCUUUUUACAUUAGGUUUUUAAAAGCAACAUAUGCAUGAACAUAAUUAUAUGAAGUAAAAAAUGAAAUUUCAUCCACAUCCCCGUGCAGUGUCCAGGCCUUCUCCUGGCUUUUAGGCAGGAUGGUAAAGAACAUAGGUCCUAGGGUCAGAUUGACCAGGCUCACUGUCUUAGCCUCACUGUUUACUCUUCACCACGUAGACCUUGGGCAACUUACUUACACCUCGUUAUGCCCCAGUUUUCUCAUUCAUGAACUGUGUAUUGAAUAAUCCAUGUGGGAAAGAAGCAAAGUCCCUGCUGACUCACCACUUGCCCACAAAGGCCUGGAAUGAGUCACGUCUUCAGGGAAUAAGCAGGAAUGACUCGGAUUCCUGAGGAAGCCCUGGGACAUGCCCCUGGAGUGGGAGCGGGCCUCUCCCACCAGAUGAGAGAGCCGGCCGGCCCUCCCUGGUGCAGGCUGCCCCAGCAGGGUGAGCUGGCAGGAACGUGUGGCUCCGGAUGUGGUUGGCUGCCACGCAUUUAGCUUCCCUACCCCAGCCCCAGGGGACAGAAAUUAUCUUAAAAAUGCAUAUUGUUGCUUCUUGCCAAGAUGAUUCAAAUCAGCCUGAGAAAGAGACAGAGAGGCUAGACCUAAAUAUAGAUUUGGUGGAAAUGCUUGACCCAGUAAACAUUUACGAAGCACCUGCUGGAUGCACAUUCUGCCCUUCUGAGCGGAACACCUACAACUUUCCUUAGUGAAUUCCUAUUGACAAUUUAGAACUAAUUGCUCAUGACGUAGGAACUAGGAGGAACUAAACAAUGGCAGUAAAACAAAAUGAUUUUUACAAUAAAAAUAAGUAGGUAGGCCUGGCUGGUGUGGCUCAGUGGAUUGAGCGCUGGCCUGCGAACAAAAGGGUCACCGGUUUGAUUCCCAGUCAGGGCACAUGCCUGGGUUGCAGGCCAGAUUCCCAGUGCGGGGCACAUGAGAGGCAAUCACACAUUGACGUUUCUCUCCCUCUCUUUCCUUCUCUAAAAAUAAAUAAAUAAAAUCUUAAAAAAAAAAAAAGAAGAAGAAGAAGAAGAAGUAGCUGCCAGACAGCAGAACAAAGUAGAGGAGGGGAAAAUGAGUAAAAUAAAUCAUUUUCAGAAAAAAAAAAA